AUGAGCACUCAUAACAACCAUCCCAUCGACAUCCCUCGUCGGCCAUCCCGAUCGGGAAUGUCGGGGCCGGAACGUCGUCGAUCUACCAAUCUGAACCCGAACAAUGGCAAUGACCCGGCUGGAGAUUCCAUUCCCUCCUCCCUUAGCCACCAUGCGCUCCGGACGUCUAGCCCCUCCAGUCUUGGGGGCAGCCCGAUCAUCGCCACCGGGGACCCGCACCACCAGCGUGCCCCUUCGCUGGGGGAGCUGCAUCAGGAGCUCGAACAGGAACAGGAGGCGCAAGUGAACCGACUCCUGCAUAUGAUCCGCAGCCAACAAACUCAGUUGCAGCAGUUACAGCAACAGCAGCAGUCCUCACACAACAUCGCCAUUGAUGAUUCCGCCCCUGCGCUUUCGCAGCUCCCCUCUGUCCCACCUCUGCUGCCAACCGGCAGCAGUCGACCGUCCGCGCAGAUUACUUCGGCCUUGUCCAGCCGCCGACCGUCGCGACCGUCUAGCCAGGCCGCGUCGCCCAGUCUCCGGCCAUUGGUUGAUUCUCCCCGGGGCGCAGAUGGUCUAGAAGGGAUUACCGGUCUGGGCGAAAGUCCACGGCGGGGAAGUAGGGAUGAGGGCGCUUUCUAUCAUGCCGAAGCAAUGAUGCUUAGCAGAGAAAAUCAAAUCCUUCGACAGCGAAUCCGUGAUUUGGGUAAGACUUGAAAGUCUCUUCUUGAAAAAAGAUUGUCUUUUCUAACCAGCCCGACAGAGCGCCAGGUUAGCGAAUUGAGCAACCCUGCCAGCGGCGUUCAGUCCAGCGCGACCCCGGCCAGUCAAGGGGCCGGAUCGGCCGACCCUCAUUCUGCCGCCAACACAGAAUCUGCCGUAGAUUCCACGGACAAGACAUGAACCCGAGAAACCAAUCCUUGGUCCAUGCAUACGCGGCAUUUUCACCAAUUUUACCUUUCCCCAAGCACCGUGGAUUGCAAUCUUAUCCGGAAUACCACAUUUUGUACCACUCCUCCAAUCACCAGAACUGCUGUCCGAUGCAAUGUUGGCACACAAAGCGAGGGAUCAAGUGCAGGAUCAUGCAUCCAGCCUGUCGAAGCCCAUCUGCAGCUGCAUUGUACGGGUGGUUUGGCGGCUUCACGUGGCGUCGAUCUGGACUCACCUUCGACUCCUUCCAUUCCCCAGCCCCGCGCAUGUGAUAUCUAUGAUUCAGGGCGGAUGUUGUAUCUAUUAUUGGCCAUGUAGUUAUAGUUAUGAGUAACUAUACCACAAAACAACAGAUCCAUUUACCUGCAUCUAUUUUUAACUCUACGCCCUGUCAUUGACGCGAAUAUAUCAUCUGUAAUUUGGCUGUUACUCUAAUAUGGCUUGCGGUCUAUGGCGUCUCCGCCACCUUGUUGUUGUUCUACGGGGUAGAUAGUAGGUAUAACGAAAAAGAUAAAAUAGAAUCACUACAGGUAUAA